AUGUCUAACCGCUGUCUUCAAGUUUGCCAAAGAUGCCGUCCAAAGUCGUGUCAAAACAGCAAUUGUCUCAAAACAUCUGAAUCCUCAAGAAGUCUAAGAAUUGAUGUGGCGCCGGCCUUACUAUGGACCUCUUUUUUACUGGAGCUGCAGACAGCGCAAACCAUGGAGUACCCCGAAGAAUUUGAUGAGAACGAUCGAAUCCUUCGAGACACGAUUCUCCAGCCACUCCUCAGCUGUCAAGAGCAAGAAAAGUUCUCAUCCAGAGAACGGUUCUGUUUUACUUGGUCGAACUGGACAGAAGAUUGA